AUGGCAGCUCCCGGAGGGGGUCCCUUCAUUGGUGGCAGACAAGUCACACCACAAGAAAUGGAGGCAAGAAUGACAGAAGAAGCGAAGAAGCACGGCCUCACACUCGAGCAAUUCAAGCAACUCCAGAUGAUUCAACAAAAGCGCUUGGAGGCAGAAGCCGCAAAGGCAGGAAUGACACCGCAACAAUUCAUAGCCAUGCAACAGCAGCGGCUACAAGAAGAGGCAGCCAAGGCAGGAAUGAGCCCGCAGCAGUUUCUGGCCAUGAAGCAGCAGGAAGCAAUACAAGCGCAAAGACAGGCGGCUCAACAGGCCCAGCAACAGGGUCAACAGAGUCAACCACCUGAUGCGAAUGGGCAGCCACCACAACCCCAGCCUGGACAACCUCAAUUACAGAAGAUUGACCUGAACAAGCCUGUUGAGCCAAAGCCUGAUGCGCUUGCUGUUGCAAAAUUUCUUAGAUCUCAAGAUCUCAAAUUGCGAACGUGUAUUUUUGAUGGACAGAGGAAAGAGAUGUUCAAGGUCAAGCGCGCAUUUCGAGUCCUACAAAGCGAUGCUUACAAAAAGGCUCGUGAGAAAGAUCCUUUACUCCCUCCAGUCACCAACGACGUUGAAGCCCGCAACGCUGUUCAACUUCUCCCACUAAACAUGCUUGCGCUAAGAGUGGGAAAGAAAGAUGAUGAGCAUGCAGGCCACAAUCACAAGAAACCAAAACGAGUAAAGGGUCUUUGGGAUGUCAAGAUCGAAGGUCAGCAAGAAUUUGAGCCGAUGAUGCACUACAUGUGGAUCUACGAGGUACCAAGCAUUAAGACACGAGUCUACAGUAUACUGGCUCUGCUCGCUGUAUUCACCGUUGUUCUCUUUCCACUCUGGCCAAUGUUCAUGCGACAAGGCGUAUGGUACCUGAGUGUCGGCGCAAUGGGUCUACUCGGUGCAUUCUUCGCCAUGGCUAUUUUCAGACUCAUUCUCUUCUGCGUUACAGUUUUCGCAGUACCGCCAGGGUUAUGGCUGUUUCCAAAUCUGUUCGAGGAUGUUGGGUUUUUUGACAGUUUCAAGCCGGUCUGGGGUUGGCAGGAAACGAAGAAGAAAAAGAAGAGCAAGAAGGGUGGUGACGGUGGUGCUAUCGCUGCUGGACAGCAAGCGGCUGAGAAGGCGAGUCAAGAUGUGCCAACGUCAAACAUGAAUGGUGGCGCUAUUACUAGUGGCAGUGAACCUACUGCUUCCGCUGGGGGUGCUUUGGCGACCAAGCGACAUGCUGCGCCCAUGGUUGAAGACGCUGACGAUGAUUGA